CCGAGGAGGAGGUGUUCCUGGUAGCCAUCUUGGAUGUGCGGGCUGAUUGUUUAGCGAGAAGAACUGACAGUUUUGGGAGAAAUAGUCUUUUCACUUCAUCGUCGAGGACUUAUCGCAGUGGGAAGACCAAGGAAGAAAAUCGUAACCCGGACACAUGCAGUGGAAGAAGGUAUGAAGACAUCAUCUUAGUCGACGUCUUAGUCAUCAGUGGCUGGCAUGGCUGAUAAAAGGAAACUACAAGGUGAAAUAGAUCGAUGUCUGAAGAAAGUAGCGGAAGGAGUGGAACAGUUUGAAGACAUCUGGCAAAAGCUUCACAAUGCGGCCAACGCCAACCAGAAGGAGAAGUAUGAAGCCGACCUCAAGAAGGAGAUUAAAAAGCUGCAGCGUCUUCGAGACCAGAUCAAGACGUGGGUGGCGUCCAACGAGAUCAAAGACAAACGGCAGCUGGUGGAGAACCGUAAACUCAUAGAAACUCAAAUGGAGCGUUUCAAGAUUGUGGAAAGAGAGACCAAGACCAAAGCCUACUCCAAAGAGGGUCUGGGUCUGGCCCAGAAGGUGGACCCGGCGCAGAGGGAGAAGGAGGAGGUCGGCACGUGGCUAACGAACACGAUAGACACGCUGAACAUGCAGGUGGACCAGUUUGAGAGCGAGGUGGAGUCGCUGUCUGUCCAGACAAGAAAGAAGAAAGGAGACAAGGAGAAGCAGGACCGGAUCGAGGAGUUGAAGAAGUUCAUCGAGAAGCAUCGGCACCACAUCCGGAUGCUGGAGACCAUACUGAGGAUGCUGGACAACGACUCCGUGCAGGUGGACGCCAUCAGGAAGAUCAAGGAUGACGUGGAGUACUACCUGGACUCGUCGCAGGAUCCAGACUUUGAGGAGAACGAGUUUCUGUACGACGACCUUGACCUGGAGGACAUCUGUAAGGAGACGCUCCAUGUCGUGCGUGUAUCUCACAGGAUGGUCCCACCUAUGACCCCCGCCCUCUCUGUGUCCACUGCAGCGCCGUCGCUGGUCGCCACCUCCCCGCCGGGACACUUGCACUUGGAGGACGAGAUCUUCCAACACUCCAGCAGCACGCCCACCUCCACCACCUCAUCCUCACCCAUCCCCCCCUCGCCCGCCACUUGUACCACGGAGAACUCUGAAGACGACAAGAAGCGAGGACGCUCAACGGACAGUGAAGUUAGUCAGUCCCCUGUGAAAAACGGGAACCCCUCAUCGUCGUCAUGCUCUUCAUCCUCAUCAUCAUCCUCCUCCUCAUCUGUCUCGGGACUGACCUCGUCAUCGUUGGUCUCCAUGGCGACCAUCGCCGGUGGAGGCAGCACGACAGCUGGCAGCUACAGUAACGCCACCCAGCAGCAGUUGCAGGCGGCGCACCAACAACAGGCCAAAACCCCCCUUGGCUCCUCCCCCUUGGCGCCUGUCACCAAUCCCGGCAGCUCAGUCAACAGCUACCCCGCCCCUUCCGCCUCGUCUCCCCCCAACAGCGGCACAAUGGGGUUCUUCGCAUCCAACUCGCAGCCUCUGGCACCCUUGCGGGCCACGCCCACAUCCAACAGCCUGGGCCUGAGUCUGUCACUGGCAAAAGGCGCCGUCUCCGGUUCCACCAGCCCGAUGUCCGCGGGCCUCGGCCUGUCAGGGAUGCCGGCGUCCCUGAGCUCCAUGACAAACCUUCUGUCCAACCCCCCCCCGGCACCCUACGCUCAGGCAGCCGCGUCGGCCGCCGUGGGCUCCAGCCUGCUGGGCUCUCUGAGCGGCAUCAGCACGCUAAGCAGCAGCGGAGUGGGGGGUUCUGUCGGCACCGGAAGCAUCACGGUCGGCGGGCCGAUAUCCUCCGCAAGUCGUCUGCUGGGUUCGGCGUCGGGUUCAGGGAUUCUGGGUUUGGUUUCCAGCCAGUCUGGGGUUCAGGGGUCCUCACUGGUGGCACAGAGCCCGGCAGGUUUAACACCGGGUUGCGGCGUGGGUGUCAUCGGGAGCAACGGGGGCAGCUCAGGACCCGUUGGCAGCGCUGGACUUUCUGUCAGACCGCCCAGCCGACAGAAGCAGAACGGAAGCAGCAGUUACAGCGCCGUGCUAGCAGACAGCGCCACAGACUCCUCCCCCAGCGCCAGCCAAUCACAAAGCUGCCAAACCUCAACAACCAAUCAGCUUAAGGACACUGGCCCCAGUUUACUGGGGUCCUUGACCUUGUCGUCCAGCUCGCUGUCUCCGGCCUCCUACAGCGAGGCCAAGAUGGUGAACAGCGUUGGCGGUCUGCUCAAUGGGCCGCUGUCCUACCCCUCAGACAGCAUGAAGCCGCAGGAGCCCCUCGGCAGCCUGAAGUCCAUGGCCGAGCGAGCAGCACUCAGCUCAGGCAUGGACGGAGACAUGCCCCCCCUGCACCUCGCCACGGAUAUCUUCCCCGGCACGACGGCUUCCUCGGGCCCCCCCUCUGCCUCGCAGCCCUCCCUGACGGAGGUCAGCAUCCCCCCCUCGCUGGGCGUGUGUCCUCUGGGGCCGGCCCCCCUGUCCAAAGAGCAGCUGUACCAGCAAGCCAUGGAGGAGGCCGUGUGGACGCACAUGCCCCACCCGUCUGACUCGGAGAGGAUCAGGCAGUACCUCAUGAGGAACCCCUGCCCCACCCUGCCUUUCCACCACCAGAUGCCACCGCCCCACUCGGACACGGUGGAGUUCUACCAGAGGCUUUCCACGGAAACCCUCUUCUUUAUCUUCUACUACCUGGAGGUGGGCGGGGCCAGAGCACUGAUGCAUAAUAAUGACGAUGGUGAUGAUAGGCACCAAGGCUCAGUACCUGGCAGCCAAAGCCCUGAAGAAGCAGUCAUGGAGGUUCCACACCAAAUACAUGAUGUGGUUCCAGAGGCACGAGGAGCCCAAAACCAUCACGGACGAGUUUGAACAGGGAACCUACAUCUACUUUGACUAUGAGAAGUGGGGCCAGCGCAAGAAGGAAGGCUUCACCUUUGAGUACCGCUACCUGGAGGACCGUGACCUCCAGUGACGAGCGGGUGCUCCAUCUUCAACCUGGCGUUCCCGGAUUGGAGCUCACCGUGUUGGGCCAAGGGGAUGCUCCGACCCGCCCCUGUUUGCACCUCCAUCCCUUUUUCUUGUGUCCUUUAGUUAAGAAGCCCAGUUCUGCUUUUGUUCCGGAACACCAAAGAUGAUUGGCUGUCCAAGCGUGCAGGCCCCGCCCCCUGCUGUUUCUGAACAAGCUGGGGCUCCAGGCUCCAGGGUUUGUCUCGCCACCUGUCAAACCGCCUUGACCCGACAGGACUGUUUCCUCCUCCGUGUCCCUUCCUGCUCCUGUGACGGUCGCCAUGGAGACGUCCCAUUUAUUCGUGGCCUGCCAUGAGAAUGUUCUCUGAGCUACUUGAGAAGAAUGUCCUCUUCACAGGAUGUGUGCGCGUGUCCUUUCAUCCAAACAAAGUGUGACUCCACCUCCCACCGGCCUUGCCCCUCCUCCUCCUGCCGGCCACACCCUCUCGAGGCUCAGGGUCCCGCUCGGCUCCUCGCCGCCCCCCCGUCCUCUUUAACGCCAGGUUUCCUUCACGUCUCAGGAAGUGUUUGAUGGUGGCCCUUCUAAUUUCACUCGAGGCUUUUUUAAAACCUCAACUUUUAUCCUCCAAUGUUUGGAGAGACCAUCUUUAGAUUUCAUAUUUUCUAUUUUGUUAAGAGUGUAUAUUUUUUGGUUUUAGCCUCGGAGCAAACGGAGGAAGCGUCUUCUUUUAAGGAGCGCCUGACUGACUUUUAACCUUUUGUUGACCUCGCUGACGAUGCGGCAGGAAGCAGAAGAGGUGGGCGAGCUCAGCCUCUCCUUCCUUUCGCCGCUUUCUUUUUGUUAUUGGGACAGCACGGAAAAGCAAAUGAUGACAUAACCAUCAAUAAAGGAUUGUAAAAUAUGAAUAAAAGAACUACUUUUCACAAAA